UCCGGACAAGAACCGCCGCCAGGCGGAACCUAGGUCGAUUUUCGGACACAGACCGUCCAAAUCUUGUGAAAUUCGGUCGGACAAAAACUCGAGACCUGCCGACCUAGGCUUUAGAGGGAUUAUCAGGGGUCCUGCAAGACCGUGCAAUUCACUACGAUGCGGGCGUCACAACACCUGCCGUCAUUGAUGGCGCUCCGGGCACGCGGCGGUGGGCACGCUGGGAACUCGAAGCUUCGAGCGGCGCAGAGCCGGGCUCGGAGUAGGUGUACUGUAUGUAUUGGGAGCUGGGCACCUAGCGGCGAGAAUGCUCCUUGGGCGUAUAUAAGGCCCAGAAACAGACAUGAUCCUCAGCGAACGACGAUACCUACGACUUGACACCAAUCACAACUGCGACAAUACUCAUCACUCACUUCAUAAUCAACAUGAUCUCACUUGCACUCACCACUCUCGCCGCUGCCCUCUUCGCUUCGGUCGCUGCGAAUCCCAUCAAGGCGCGGGACUUCUCUGGCCCUUCGGGCUUGACACAGUUCCAGCUGAACACUGUGCCUAACGGCGACAACGACACCUACUCCGGGUGGUGGCCCGUUGCCUUCCACACCGGCGCCGGGGAAAACGCAGCGGUGCUCACCUCGAACCAGAGCGAGACCCUCACCUGGCAGUUCAACAGCACGACUGGCGACGUGUACUGGCUGACGUCGAACGGGCCGAACGGGGGAGACAUCCCCUGGUCCAUCGGCUUCGUGGAGGGGGCGCCGUACGAGAGCGACGCGCCCGCAGGCUACAAGCUCGUCACGAUCAACGCCGGCUGGAGCAAUGCGGGCUUCUCGUUCGACGGGGACGUCCUCCCGAACCCGCCUGGCUACGGCACGUUGGCGGCGUGCUAUGUCAACGGGACGGCGCCGUACUGGAGCGUGGGCCCCCAGGUGCAGCUGCUGUGGAGGCCGGAUGAUGUUCCGGUUGGGGACUGUGCGGAUGUGCUGCUGAAGGCUGUGUCGGUCGAGUAAGGCGAAUCACUUGGUGCACGCGAGGCCGCCUGGGCCCUGCCUGGCACUGGGAUCAUGGGUUUGAAGAAGAGAGGACGGACGUUUGACAUUCUUGAGACACGUAUUCGGGCUUUGGGGAAGGACUUACUACAAUAGUUGAUCCUUGUGAUGCAUAGUCAGCCUACAUGUAUACGGCAUACCUAGCUUCGAAUGGUAGACCGUGAUAAUCGCCAGUGAUGGUGAAGUUGUAUGAAGUGUCAGUUGCGUACUAGACAUGAGUUUCUCUGAGGACCAGUUAUGCACACAUCGCUGGCACAUGCACAGACUGCCCUAGGCGGACAUUUCGACUCGUUGGGUUGUGUCGAGGCAGGACAUUGACCGGGUCGGUAUGGCAGUGACGAAAGAGGAGAUGGUU